AUGGAGAAAACAAUAAUUUUGUCCUGCAUCCUUCUUGUCCUCUUCUCAUGCGCAAGCACAGCCCUCUCAAAGUCCUACUGGAAAAGCUCAACGUACAAGCCCGUCAAGCUGCAGAAAACACGCCUCCAUUUCUUCAUCCACGAUAUCCUAAGCGGAUCCAACCCGUCCGCGGUCCAUAUCGCCGGCCCACCCGGGCAGGAGAGCAAUCCGAUUGGCUUCGGGUCCGUGUAUGCCAUCGACGACGUUCUGACGGAGGGGCCGGAGAUUAAGUCGGCGGUGGUCGGAAACGCUCAGGGGAUGUAUCUGUCGUCGAGCCAGGGACAGAUUCCAUCGUUGGUGUUGUACGUGGAUCUCGCAUUCACUAAGGGGGAGUUCAACGGGAGCUCGUUGAGCGUGUUCUCGAGGAACCCGAUAACGGAGAACCCCCGUGAGAUGGCGGUGGUCGGGGGAAGAGGAAGGUUUAGGAGAGCUCAAGGGACUGUUUUCGUCAAGACUUAUUUCUUGAACAAUACUAAUGGAGAUGCUAUUCUUGAGUAUGAUGUCGAGGUUGUUCAUCCUUUAAUACAUACCUAGUGUUAGGGUUGCUGCCAGUAAGGGAUCACCUAAUACAAUUUCUAAGAAUACACUAUUUGAAUAGUAUGACCUUAUAUAAGA